UCUAGUACUGACAAGUUGUAGGCAUAUUAACCAUCAUUUUAUUAUUGAAACUGCCCCAGUGCCUGUGGUAUGGACGCCCGCUACUGUUGUUCAACACCGCGCAUGAGAGUGAUAUUUCAGCUCCUGGAGUCAUGCCACAUUUGAAAUUCCGUAGCCAUAUAAGAGAAAGGCUCUAAAUCAUUCAUCUAAAAUUUCAAGUCGAACCGUAUCUGCGCUUCGCAUUAAGGAGGCAUACAACAACCUGCCGCCUAUGGACGCCCUCUACUGUUGUUCAACACCUAGAGCGCGUCAGCUUCCCGGGGGAAUCCACGUAUGGUGAUGAUGCGCCGAGCACUAGCAACGCACAGCCAUUACAGACCAGCACUGCAGUCCUGCUUGGUAGUGAAGUCAGGCUCACUGUUUAAAGUCCUGCUUAUUUAUGAAGUCAGGCUCACUGUUUAAAGUCCUGCUUAUUUAUGAAGUCAGGCUCACUGGUGAAGUGUUGAGUCCCGGAUUCAGUGAUUCUGUGUUUAAACCCGGAUUUAAUGUUCAAGUCGGACAUCGCCAACGUUGUCACUUCCGCGGCCAAUCCCGACGUGCUGUCGCUGAACGGUACGAGCCCACACAAGAUGCCGGAGUUUGGUGACAAUGUGACGGCGUGGCGACAACUGUCACCCGACUUUGUCACAUUCUGGGACCGCUUCGAACACGCGUCCAUCGCUGUCCCCGUUCUAUCCAUCUCGAUAUCGACGGUCGCCAUCGCCUUCAACCUGCCCGUCGUCCUCGCCAUCUGCAGCAUCCGUCGCAGCACCUCCAUCCUCGUGCUCGUCGGCAGCCUGGCGACGGCAGACCUGCUCGCCAGCUCCCUCUGGCUGAUAACCGUCUGCUUUGUGCAGGUGAGAACAAGCGUGGGCGUCCUUGACGACGCCAAAAUUGUCUUGAGGCAUCUGUCGAGGAUGACAAGCUUCUGGCUGUUGUCCGUAUCCGCUACGAGUGUGUGCGUGGUAGCUAUCGACCGCUACAUGGCCGUGCUGAAGCCGAUCCGACACCGGUGGUACAUGACGCCGACCAAAAUGCGGGGCAUCGUCGCCACGCAGUGGACAAUAAGUCUGUGCGUCAGCGGCGUGUUCCUCCUGCUGUCCUUCGCGCGACCGCCUCGCUACAACGUUGUCGUCUACUGCUGGAUGUUUAUCGAUCUCGCUUGUGUGUCGGUGGUCGCAGCGACGUGCGCCAUCUACGCUAAGCUCUACUGCUGCUACCGCGCGCACCAACGCGACUCGGCGAUGCUAGCGCAGCGCAGCGGCCACCAGAACGAGGCGCGGCUAUCGUGGCGCCUCCUUGUGUGCGCUGUCGUCUUCGCUGUGUGUUUCGCGCCGUUUAUCUGCGUGCAUCUGAUAUCGUUGUGUCAGUGGCGCUACGGCAGCGACACAUACUUCUACGUAGAGGACGCCGUGUGGACGUCUAGCGUGGGCCUUACCGAGGUCUACCUGAUGCUGGUGGCUCGCAGCACCGCCGUGUUCAACGCUCUUCUGUACGCCUGGUCGCUGCCGCAGCUCAGGCGCGCCCUUCACCAGAUCUGCUGCUUUAACAGUUGUUGCCUGAAGCAGCGUAAACAUGUCAACCGACAGCAACGCACAGAAAAAGGACUGUCAUUGGUGUGACAGCUAGGGGCAGAUGCGCGUGACUUAAUUUUCCCACGAUAAUCUGACAAUAGUUCCUCGAGUGUGUUAUGUGCAUCAUGUAUUUACCACAGAAUGGAAUUCGGUAGACUUAUAGCGUGCGUACGCCCAUUGCUACGAUUGCAGGUCUGAUAUGUAUAUAAUUUGAGACUUUUGCAAGAUUUUUUCCAGAUGACUGUAUUUCAUAUACCCAAACUAUAUCACAUUGCAGCUCUCUCUCUCUCAAUGUUGUGAAAUGUGAUAUAGUUCGGGUAUAGGAAAUACAGCCAUCUGGAAAAAAUCUCGCAAAAGUCUCAAAUUAGAUUGAGGUGGCGGUAGAGGCAUAUAUGUGAGCUAGUACGUUUACCAUCUUCACAGCUUCUAAUGCAAAUAAAGUUCAUUUCAGCCAAACAGCAUUAUACCUGCGAUAGAUUCUACUAUCAAAGGAGUGUAAAAAAUGUAGGAAAUAUAGACAAAUACCGCCUGAAAUAUCUUCAACAUGACGAAAGUUAUAUCGGAAAAUGAUUUACAUCCGCACGAAAAUUAAUCACUAGCAUCCAUUGAAGACACGCUGAUGCUAUUAUAGAGUGCCAGGCGGUGACCUGCAUUCUUAGCUAACCUACCGGACUAUGUCUCCCGCCCCGCAGUUUUCGUCCACCACCUGUUAUCGUUCACUCACUUUCGUUAGUGAAGCUCGUUAGAACUGGAAUCCCAUAAAUGGCGAAUAUUUCAAUGUAUUGCUGCGCGAUUGCUUUCCAUUGGAUUCUGAGAACGUAUAUUUCCACAACAAGUAGAUACUUUAAUGUAUUUCAACUGGGGAAAGUACUUGCCCUAUAAAUCAGGUAUGCAGUCAGAAAAUGGCGAAGAGGAGUCCUGUAUUUUGGCCACCCACCUGGAUCCAUCCUUGCAGUAUGCAGUCGAUUGUGUUUCGUCUAUAUAAGCUAAAAUAUGCGUAGCUCUUGGCAGUGUGAACUCCUCAACUUAACCUGGUAUACAAACAGUGUGGUGUGUGUGUGUGUGUGUGUGUGUGUGUG